GUAGUUUCUGUCGUUAUCAUUUGACAGACAUUCCCGUGCUGUUUGUUUAGAAAAUGAAACUGGCGUCCGGAUACACUGACGCAACGAAAUCGAAAACGAGCAUUUGACGUGGAUUAACGGUUAACAAAUUUGGGUUUGCUCAGUAAACGGUGGAAUAUAUCUUGCUGAAGUAAGAAGACAGUUUGACGAGCCUGUCCUUUGCUCCAAAAUCUGAGAUGUUGGAUAUACACCCGAGAAGGCAACGAAUGAGCGAUCUGCAAUGGAGCCUCUAGGGUGGUUUCCUGGGCGCGACUGAAGCUGUGGUCGGGAUGGCGCACUUUGACACCGAGUACCAGCGUCUCGAGGCAUCCUACAGCGAUUCACCUCCAGGGGAGGAGAAUCUGCUGGUGCACGUGCCCGAAGGAGCCAAAUCACAAUGGCACCAUAUAGAAAACCUGGACCUGUUCUUCCAGAGAGUCUAUAACCUGCACCAGAAGAAUGGAUUCACCUGUAUGCUGCUCGGGGAGAUCUUUGAGCUGGUUCAGCUGCUGUUUGUGGUGGGCUUCACUGUGUUCCUGGCUAACUGUGUUGACUACGACAUCCUCUUCGCCAACAAGUUUGUGAACCACACCGACUCCUCCAAGGUCACCCUGCCGGACGCCUUCCUCCCUGUGGACGUCUGCAGCGCCCGAAUCCGAGACAAUGCCUUUGUGAUUUUUGUGCUGAUCAUAUCUGGCAUUUUCUGGCUGCAUCGCCUGGUCAAGUUCAUCUACAACAUCUGCUGCUACUGGGAGAUUCGAUCCUUUUACACCAACGCCCUGAAAAUGACCAUGUCUGAGCUGCCUUACGUGACAUGGCAGGAGGUUCAGGCACGCAUCGUGGAGAUCCAGAAAGAGCACCAGAUCUGCAUCCACAAGAAAGAGCUGAGCGAACUGGACAUAUACCAUCGCAUCCUCCGCUUCAAGAACUACAUGGUUGCUAUGGUGAAUAAGUCUCUACUGCCCAUGCGGUUCCGGCCUCCCUUGCUGGGAGAGGUUGUGUUCUACACACGCGGCCUCAAGUACAACUUUGAGCUCAUUUUCUUUUGGGGACCAGGGUCUCUGUUUGGGAACGAGUGGAGCCUGAAAACAGAGUACAAGAAGGGAGGCAACAGGCAGGAGCUGGCCGACCGGCUGGCAUCUCGCAUACUGUGGAUCGGCAUCGCUAACCUUCUGCUCUGCCCCGUCAUCCUGGUGUGGCAGAUCCUCUACGCUUUCUUCAGCUAUACUGAGGUGAUCAAACGUGAGCCGGGUUCUCUGGGCGCGAGGUGCUGGUCUCUUUACGGUCGCUGUUACCUACGUCACUUCAAUGAGCUGGACCACGAGCUCAUGUCCCGGCUCAGUAAGGGAUACAAGCCUUCCUCCAAGUACAUGAACUGCUUCCUGUCGCCGCUGCUGACGGUGGUGGCGAAGAACGUGGCGUUCUUCGCCGGCUCUCUGCUGGCCGUGCUCAUCGCCCUGACCAUCUACGACGAGGACGUGCUGGCGGUGGAGCACGUCCUCUCCUCCAUCACGCUGCUGGGAGUCUGCGUGACCGUGUGCAGGUCGUUCAUCCCUGAUAAACACAUGGUAUUCUGCCCUGAGCAGCUGCUGAGGGUGAUCCUUGCUCACAUCCACUACAUGCCCGACCACUGGCAGGGCAAUGCACAUCGAUAUGAGACCCGCGACCAGUUCUCCCAGCUCUUCCAGUACAAAGCGGUGUUCAUCCUGGAGGAGCUGAUCAGCCCCGUGGUGACGCCCUUCAUCCUCAUCUUCAGCCUGCGCAGGAAGUCCCUGGAGAUCAUCGACUUCUUCAGGAACUUCACUGUGGAGGUGGUGGGUGUGGGCGACACCUGCUCCUUCGCCCAGAUGGACAUCAGGCAGCACGGGCACCCUGCGUGGAUGUCGGCAGGGAAGACGGAGGCCUCCAUCUAUCAGCAGGCAGAGGACGGCAAGACGGAGCUGUCCCUGAUGCACUUUGCCAUCACCAACCCCCAGUGGCAGCCGCCCCAGGAGACCACCCACUUCAUCAGCCAGCUGAAGGAGAAGGUCCACAGGGAGGUGGGCGGGGCGUCCGGGGACGUGCUCAACUCCAUCUCCACCUCUGAGCCCAGGAGUCUGGUGGCCAACCUGCUGGGCGGUCCCACCACACUGGGAUCCGUCCACUUCGGCCGCGACUGCUCGCUCACCAACCAGGGCGUGGCCGGGCUGGGCGAGGGGGUGUCGGCCCUGCGCUCCCUCUCCCCAGUCAGCUCCAGCCUGCACUUGAGAGGCAGCAUGAGCACCGCCCACAGAGCUGUAGGCCACGCCUCCUCUGUCAGCAGGACCAUGGGGGGCUCCGGCACUGACGCCAGGACGGUCAGCUCGGGCAGCAGCGUGUGGGAGGGUCAGAUGACCAGCAUGGUGCUAUCAGAGUACGCCUCUACAGAGAUGAGCAUCCAUGCGCUUUACAUGCAUGAGUGCCACAAGCAACAGUCCCGCGGCGAUCUGUCCCGCCACACCUGGCACCGGCAGGAAAGCGACGACAGCAGCGACAGCAUGGUGGACGAGGUCCGGAGCGACGCCAGGACCCAUUUGAGGAACUUCCCCCGCUCGCAGACCUUCCCCAGCGCUGCUCCCAGUCCCAGCGCCAUCCCCACCUCCGCCUCAGUCGCCGGCAGUUCCGGCACUGGCCACGAGGGGGCGACGUUUCAGCGCGGUGGUCACCAACAAUAUGGGGGGAGCGGUAGCACAGGCUACCUGGGGGCGGGGGGCAGGGUGGUGAGGUCAGCCCGGGUCCCCAUGGGAGGGUGGGCCGAGGACGGCCAGGCGGCCCCGCGUCUCCACACCCCGGUGCCGGAGGAGGGGUCCGAGGACGAGGUGGCCCCGCACAUACACCGGGUGACGUAGCUGUGCCUCGUGAAGAUGCAGUGUGCGCACACAUUCACUCACUUUUUCACUCACUCACACUCAACGCCUCAUUUGCCCCUUACACAUUGUUUUGACAAGUACAAGACAGGGUGUGCCAUUUUACAAAUACAAACCAUAACCUGUAUAGCCCUCCUGUAUGACUCUUAUUAAUCAAGUCACGCAGUGUAUAAAUUAAUUGUGAGUGUGUAUGUGUAUGUAUACAUAUCUAUAUCUCUAUAGAUGUAUAUCUAUCAUUUAAAAGGUCACUCUUUAACCUUUUCAUCGCCCAUCACCUUCAUCCAUGUAAUCAUACAUGAGUAAGCCACUUUUAGAACUUCGUAGAUAUCACUCAAACUGAAAAGAGAUAGAAUUUUGCUUCAUUUAUUUUCGAGUAAUCAAAAAGAGAAUAUUGAUCUGUUUGUUUUAAUAUUUUAAUAAUUCGGACAAGAAUCUAUGAAGAAAAUGUUCCUAUAUUCUUUUCUUUAUUUAAUUUAAUUUAAUUUAAUUA